AUGAAUUAUUCUGAGAAAGAGGCAUAUCCAAAACAUCCUAGAAGAAGACCACCAGAUCCUGUUUGGGAUCAUUUUUUUGCAACUUCAUUGAAAUCACCUAGUUAUUUUGCUGCCAAAUGUAAAUAUUGUUCUAUACAAUUUAAUCAUGAACAUCCUAAUCAGCUUAAGAAACAUCUUGCAAAAGAAUGUGAAGAUGAAAAUUUUGAUAAUGAUAUAAGAGAAAAAUAUUAA